GGGAGGGGAGGAGCAGAGAGGUGAGGGGCGGAAUGGGCCGGCCCCUAGAAUUGGGGCCCGGGAAGAUCGGAGGUGCCGGCGACGAGGUGGUAGUGGUCCUGCCACCUCGCGUGUGGAGGGAAGGAGAGAAGCCAGGAAAUAAAGAGGAAAAAGGGAGCGAUGCAGAUUUCGGGAAGAACCACGGGACCGUCUUAGCCUUGGCUGGGCCGCGGAGCGAUUGGUUCCCUGAAGGGUCCAGAACAAAUAGCUGCUGAGCUUCCCUCUACCCCCAGUUCCUCAUCUCACCUGAGCCACUUACAGACCAGAUCCUCAGCCUCUGCCCAGCUCCAGACACACAGCUUCUCCAGGCAGCUUUGAUUCAGAACAGGGAUUGCUUCUUGAGGGUGGAGACCUAAGAAGGUUCUUAAGUUUCACAGCUGUGUACACCCAAAAAGGACUUGGCCAAGUAGGUGUCUCCUGGCCGUCUCAGUCUGCUGCUUCCUCCUUCCCCUCUCUGCCCUACCAAACCCAUAUCGGUACCUCCAGACCUUCAAGGGCUGCCACGGAGCUGGCUGGCCCAAAUCUGCUCACCCGGACGAUGUCACCUGGUGGUAGAGGAGGACAGUGAGACGGUGGCUGGGAGUCAGGUUGUAGCCACUUGCCUGCCACUGCCCAGCCGAGGGGCAGCCCAGAGCCCAGGAGCAGCAAGUGGCUGCAGGUCACAGCCACAGAGAGGCUAUGAGUGUGGCGGUGACCACCUCCGCUCCCCUCCCCCCAGCCUCAGACACCAACAUGCUCACGUCCACCUUCUCCCUGGUGGACUAUGUGGUCUUUGUCCUGCUGCUGGUUCUCUCCCUCGCCAUCGGGCUCUACCAUGCCUAUCGUGGCUGGGGGCGACAUACCAUUGGACAGCUGCUGUUGGCGGACCGCAAAAUGGGCUGCUUCCCUGUGGCGCUGUCCUUGCUGGCCACCUUCCAGUCAGCCGUGGCCAUCCUGGGCGUGCCAUCCGAGAUCUACCGAUUUGGGACCCAGUAUUGGUUCCUGGGCUGCUCCUAUUUCCUGGGGCUGCUGAUCCCAGCGCAUGUCUUCAUCCCAGUCUUCUACCGCCUGCAUCUCACCAGUGCCUAUGAGUACCUGGAGCUCCGGUUCAAUAAAGCUGUGCGGGUUUGUGGGACUGUGACCUUCAUCUUUCAGAUGGUAAUCUACAUGGGGGUUGUCCUCUACGCACCGUCAUUGGCCCUCAAUGCAGUGACUGGCUUUGAUCUCUGGCUGUCAGUGCUGACCCUAGGCAUUGUCUGUACGGUCUACACUGCUCUGGGUGGACUGAAGGCAGUCAUCUGGACAGAUGUGUUCCAGACACUGGUUAUGUUCCUAGGGCAGCUGGUGGUUAUCAUUGUGGGGUCGGCCAAGGUGGGCGGUUUGGGGCACGUGUGGGAUGUGGCUUCCCAGCAUGAACUUAUCUCUGGAAUCGACCUGGAUCCGGACCCUUUUGUGCGGCACACUUUCUGGACGCUGGCCUUCGGGGGUGUCUUCAUGAUGCUCUCCUUGUAUGGAGUGAACCAGGCUCAGGUGCAGCGCUACCUCAGUUCCCGCACGGAGAAGGCUGCGGUGCUCUCCUGCUACGCCGUCUUCCCUUGCCAGCAGGUGGUCCUCUGCAUGGGCUGCCUCAUUGGCCUGGUCAUGUUUGCCUACUACCAGGAGUAUCCCAUGAGCACCCAGCAGACUCAAGCAGCCCCUGACCAGUUCGUCCUGUACUUUGUGAUGGAUCUCCUGAGAGGCCUGCCAGGCCUGCCUGGGCUCUUUGUUGCCUGCCUCUUCAGUGGCUCCCUAAGCACCAUAUCCUCUGCUUUUAAUUCACUGGCAACUGUUACAAUGGAAGACUUGAUUCGACCCUGGUUCCCUCAUUUCUCUGAAGUCCGGGCCACCAUGCUUUCCAGAAUCAUCGCCUUUGGCUAUGGGCUACUUUGUCUGGGAAUGGCCUAUAUUUCCUCCCAGAUGGGACCUGUGCUGCAGGCAGCAAUCAGCAUCUUUGGUAUGGUUGGGGGCCCGCUGCUCGGACUCUUCUGCCUUGGGAUGUUCUUUCCUUGUGCCAAUCCUCCUGGCGCCAUCAUGGGCCUGCUGGCUGGGCUGACCAUGGCCUUCUGGAUCGGCGUUGGGAGCACAGUGGCCAGCAUGGGCUCUGGCAGAGUGCCCACCCCCCCUGAUGGGCCCGGCUUGUCCCUGCCCAGCAAUCUGACUGCCGUCACCGUGGCCACACUGAUGCCCUCGACUACUGUCUCCAGACCCACAGGGCUACAGCGGCUCUAUUCCCUGUCGUAUUUAUGGUACAGCGCCCACAACUCCACCACGGUCAUUGUGGUGGGCCUGGCUGUCAGUCUGCUCAGUGGCGGAAUGCGGGGCCGGACCCUGAACCCUCGGACCAUUUACCCAGUGUUGCCGAAACUCGUCGCCCUCCUGCCCGUGUCCUGUCAGAAGCGACUUCACUGCAAGACCCACAGCCCGGAUCUGUCUGUGGACACCGCUGUGUUUCCGGAGAAGAUGAACAAUGGUAUGCUAAGGGGCAGCAGAGACGAGGAGGCCAUGGAUGUGCCUGAGGAAGGCCCAGCCGGCCAGGGCGUCGGCCCCACCUUCAUCGUUCAGGAGACCUCACUGUGAUCUGGACUCGGGACCCAGCCCCAGAGACCACCCUGUAGCACAGGGAUGAGUUCCUUGGUGACCCUCAGGGGUGAUCGAGGACUGGGUGAUCUCGCCCACACCAGAGGACCUUGUUCUUGGGAGUUUGUGCUGCGGUAGAAGCUGUCAUGUCACGGGAGGUGUGAGAAUAGGACAGGGUUUUUCCUUGUUCCUUGCCAGUCUGUUCUCUAGAGAACCAGACUUGCAGAGGGUAGGAUUUUGCCAGAGAAAGGGAUACAGGUGAAUCCUCCGGCAAAAGGAUAAUGGCCCCUGAUUCCGCAUCAUCAGGCUCCUUUGAAGUGAAUAGACAUAGCAGUGCUGGACCCACUUUGUCAAGAUUGACCAUCUCCCCCUAAAACUCAGCUGCCUUGGCCAGCUGUUGCUUCCCUCGCGGUCCUCUCGGAGCACACAUUCUGUCAGCCACAAAGGGCCCUUGUAGCACUACUUUCAGGUUAUCUGUGAUACCCAAGCCCCUCAUUAUCUGUCUACCUCCAUUCUUUUUUUUUUUUUUUUUUUAACCUCCAUUCUUGAGAGGGAGGUUUUGGUGUCCCUGAGAGGCGUCACGGAGCAUACAGGUAUAUUCAUCUCCCUCGUGUAGAGUAGGGAAGCUUUCCCUUUCCCUCGCUGCCCCACCUUCCACCUCUGUAAUGGGUACUUGGGGACGGGGAAAAUGUUAAUUUAAGAAACUAGGGGGGGCUUCCCUGGUGGCGCAGUGGUUGGGAGUCCGCCUGCCGGUGCAGGGGACGCAGGUUCGUGCCCCGGUCCGGGAGGAUCCCACAUGCCGCGGAGCGGCUGGGCCCGUGAGCCAUGGCCGCUGAG